AUGUCCAGAGCGGAAGCCUUCAGGAACUCCACCAAUCUCCGUUCCCAGCUGAGAGAGAUGCGUACCGACAUCGCUAUGGCAGUGGACGACCCUUUCCCUCUGCUGUAUGGGCUGGCUGACAAAAACAUCAUCACUGACCAGCUGUUCAAGAACAUUGAGACGGAAACUCUGGAGAGGGAGGCGAGCGAGGGAGUCCACAAGGCCAUGUAUUCCCUGCUAUCGUGGGUCCUGCAACAGAGCAGAGCCACGAUCCAGGGCUUCUGGGGCAGUUUGGUCAAAGACUACAACAUGGAAAGUUACCCUAAGCUGCAGGCCCUGCUCACCAGCAUGCACUCUGGAAGGGAUGCAUUUGGCUCCAAAUGUGACAAGAGAUCCCCUGGAAGCCCUAAAGGUCCCCACAGAAAGAAGAGGAACCGGGAGGAAAGAUCAACAACCCCCCACCAUUACCAUUCCCAGCACCAUGCGGAGACAAACGGUGACCCAGGUUGGCUGACCUCACAGACGUCUGUGGUUUUUGGUGCAGCUAAUGAUCAUUCUAUUAUUGUUUUCCUUGCAAUAGGAAAUAAAAUAAGAUUGUACAAGGUGAAGAGCGAAGCCUCAGCAGUCCCUCAAAUGCCAGCUGGAAGUGUUCAAGCGACCGACAAGACCACGCACGAUUCCCCCAGUCAGCUGACCAUAGGUGUACAGGCGGUGCCCUCCUCGCUUCAGAGAGUAGUCCCCCUGUCAUCAUCCCCUUCCUCCUCCAGUAAUGCCUCAGUCAGACAGGAAGCCAGAGAGGAGGACCUUAUCAAACAGGUGUUUGGCUCAGAAGGGAAUAUCAAAAAAUGCAUCAAAGUCGGUGGGGAGUAUUACUCGGGUCCAUCGGAGGAGAGCAAUAGACCGCUGUCUAAAGCCGCUAAAGUUCACCACAAGGGGGAGACAAACACCAGCAUGCUGGAGAGUAAUGAUGAUGAGUGCACAGUGUGUAGGGAUGGAGGGGAGCUGAUCUGUUGUGAUGGCUGUCCUAGAGCUUUCCACCUGACCUGCCUAGACCCUCCACUGACAUCCAUACCGAGUGGCACCUGGCGAUGUCACUGCUGCCAUGGCAACAGAGUGAAAAAGGAGAAAGCCCAGCUGUCUGUUCAGCCUCUCCUGGCCCAGCCCCAGCCCCAGCAGGCAAACACAAGCUCCAGCAACGCCGCCAUAGACGUCGCCCUCUUGUCCUCGCUGUCCUCUUCCUCGCUGUCUGGAGUCACGCCAACCAAGAAUGGCUUCACUUCCAGAAACCAGUGUUCAGGUGGAGAGGUGGUCACCAUGAGGGCGGUGUGUGGCGUGUGUCACGUGGGUGGAGGAGACCUCAUUCCCUGUCUUCAGUGUCUACAGAGCUACCACGUACACUGUCACUUCCCUAAGGGGAGAAGCAUCUGUUCAUCCUGCACCAGACCCUGGGGCAACUCCAUGGAGAAAGAAGUUGAAUCGAGAGCCGUACAGGUCCCCCAUGUGGUCCAACCUGUACACAGUAAUGAGCAGAGCUGCUCUCUCUUUGAGCCCAUCCUCCCCAAGGAUGAAAUGGACUCCAUAAUAGGAGAGCAGGGAUCCAUUGACGGGAUCUUGCAGUGGGCUUUCCAUAACAUCUCCAGGCCUCUCCCUGACUCACAGGGAUACUAUUAGAGACGCACACAUGUACACAAAUACAUUCCCCAUGUACAGAUUAGGUAAUGCUCUGGUCCGCAGAGGCUUAUGUAAUUGCUUGAAUGAAAAGUUAACAAACAUAUAACAUAUCGCGUUACACAGAUAUGAAAAUUCUGGUGCCUUAUUUGUUUUCUUAUCCAUGGUAGAUUAUUAGCAGCUGAUUCUGUGACCUUGGCCUCAUUGCUUGUGCACAUUCAGAUAAUUUGUUUUACGAGCACUGAGAUAAGUUUAUAUUCACUUCUGCUUUAGCUGUUGGAUAUUAUGUGUCUGGGAUUUAUUGGCUGAAGGAGAAUAAGGGAAAGAGUGCCAAAGAACUCACAACUCACUUGUACUUGACACGCUGAGAACCUAAGUUGAAACAUUUGCUGGGAGAAGCUACAAAUGGAUCGAAUCUAACACGGUUCUGUUUCUGAUCGGUACUCAUAUGGUUUGCCUCUCGCUCCUUUAAUAUCUCUGUAGAUCUUCAAAUAUGCCAUCUGUAAUGGUGUUUGACACAUGCCACU